GCAGAUUAAAUACCUAAAUAAAUUGACAAGUGUUGCUGAGGUUAUAGGAAGGCCUUAAAUUAAUUAUUAUUCAUUUGUUUUAAACUAAGACUGAAGCUAAAUAUAUAAAAUUGAGGUUUUACCCGAUCUCAAGAAAAAAUUAAAUUGAUUAAUGAUCCCAAUGAAGCUCUAUAGAUUAAGGAGCUGGAUCUAUGAUCCCAUCAAAUCCAGGGCCCUGUUCAGUCGCUGUUUUAUAUCAGCGUGCUGUCGGUUUUCCCUAUGCAGUAACCAUGUCUUCAAAGGCCCUGAAGUACCUUGCAGACCAGCAGUCUUCUAGCAAGGAACUCUCAGAGACAUGGACCAAGCUGGAGGAGUACUAUAACAAGAAGCUGUGGCACCAAACAACUCUUCUGCUCUUGGAGGUUAUCAAACACCCAAGUCUGCAGAAAAAUGAUGAACUACUCAAAUUGUAUCGCAACUUUGUUGCCGACUUCGAGAACAAAAUGAACCACAUCUCGCUGGUGGAGAUCUGCGGCGCGGCGGUGAAGCAGAUCAAGGACCCGGCCGAGGCGAUCGCCUUCAUCGAGAAGGUGGAGACCAAGGUGAAGGCCACGCCGGAGGCGGUGGUGCUCUGUAAGGUGGUGCUGGGUAACAUCCGACUCUACAGCGGCAACGACGCGGCGGGGACCAAGAAGCUGAUUGAGGACGUGGAGCCGAUGGUGGACGACCUGGCGCGUGUCAGCUUCAUCCACGGCCGCUUCUACCUGCUGGCCAGCGGCUACUACAAGCAGGCCGGCAUGCACGCCCAGUACUUCCGCACCGCGCUCAGAUUCCUGGGCUGUACCGAGCUGGACGAGCUGGAGCCGGUCCAGAAACAAGAGUACGCCUUCUACCUGGCGCUGGCCGCCCUGCUCGGCGAGGGUAUCUACAACUUCGGCGAGCUGCUGGCGCACCCGAUCCUGCAGUCGCUGGAGGGCACCUCGCACGCCUGGCUGGUCGAGCUGCUGCUGGCCUUCAACACGGGCGACAUCGCCACGAUGGAGCGGCUGCGGCCGCAGUGGGAGCAGCAGGCCGACCUCAAGGCGCGCCAGCUCGAGCUCCGGCAGAAAAUCUCGCUGCUGGCGCUGAUGGAGAUGACGUUCCGCCGGCCGGCGCUGUCGCGGUGCGUCACCUUUGCCGAGGUGGCCGCCGAGACCCGCCUGCCCGAGGAGGAGGUCGAACUGCUCGUGAUGAAGGCGCUGGCGCAGAACUUGGUGCGCGGCCACAUUGACCAGGUGGACAGGACGGUCAACCUCGUCUGGGUGCAGCCGCGCGUGCUAGACAAAAAUCAGCUGUCGUCGAUGAUCGAGCGACUGGACGUGUGGUGCCGCGAUGUCCAGAGCAUGGAGAUGCUGCUGGAGAACAAGGCGCACGACAUCCUCACCUACUGAACGGUGACGUCACCAUGACGUCACCCGCCGACACGGCGCCGGCGGUGUCUGGUCCGUCCCCGGGCCACCGGAACAGCGACAAUGUGUUCUGUAUCUCCGAACUGAAACCGUUUUUCUUGCGUUUAAUAUAUCUGGAAAUGGU